GAAGAAUCGUUAAUGUCAUAUAAUUGCCAUGUACUAUUCCGGUACGCAGUUAUUUCUAAAUUUGUAUUCUCACCGUUUGUAGAGGUUAUGUUUCAAAUUUGACGUUUUCGAAUAUAAACGUAAAAAAAGUAAUUAUAGCUCAGUGAUGAAAAGAUAGAAUUAGAUUUUUAAAAAAAUGUCCGGUGCAAGUGUAUGCGUGCUCGCCUUAAAUGGACGGCGACAGACCGUUAAAUGCACACCGAAUACAACUAUAUUACAAAUACUCGAAGAAGUAUGCCAAAAGCAACGCCUGAAAUCCGACGAGUUCGACCUGAAGCACCACAACAAAGUGCUGGAUACAUCCCAAACGUUCAGGUUCUCCGGAUUGCCCAACAACGCCCAAUUGGAACUGGUACCGGCCACGAGGGCGCGCGAGGAGUCCGAGGUCACCCUGGCGGCCACCCUAGAAACCGGCCAAAGGGUCACCGGUAAUUUCAAUCCCAACGAAACGCUCACUACCAUAUUGAGCAAACUCUGCCCGGAGGUGUUGCAACACGAGCUGAGCCCCGUGAUUAUCUACACGAGGCGGGAGAUUUACGGAGACGAAUUGGAUACUGUUACUUUGAAGUCGCUGGGGUUGACGGGCGGCAGGGCCAUGAUUCGGAUACUGCACAGAGCUCCCGAGGAUCUGAAAACCCAAGCUAAUGUUUCUAAAGUUAUACCGUCGAAGCCUGCCGCAGAGCAACCUUACAUUAGGAAAUACCAGCCUACUGAAGAGCCUGUAGCAGAGGCUCCGAAAGUUAUGGAAGAUAACGAGAUUAAACCGCAACCGGUUCCGAAGAAAGAUAACGAUAUAUUAAAAAUGGCUAGGGAAAAGCGGAAAAGCAUCGACAGCCAAGAGAAGCAAGUGAAAAUAAGCCCACAGCCUAAAAAGAAAAACGCCUGCUCGUGCGAGAAACACCAAGCGAUGGACAUCGACGAUGUCUCUUGUCCCGACACCUGCAAAGGGACUUGUUGCGAUAAGGACACGAGAAUAAACUUGGACGAGAAUUUCGUAUUUUUAGGCGACAGAAACGCCAUGCUAUUUUCGCAAGAAACGGCCGAAGCCAUACCGCACGAGGACCUCCCCGACGAAUUCUUCGAUCUCACCAUCGACGAUGCCAGAAAAUUGUUGAGAGACGUGAGGAAGCAACAGCACCUUUUCGAGAACACCCCGCUCAUGACGUCGAACUUGAGAAACCUGGAGGACUCGAAGAAGCAACUGAGGCAGAUCAACAGAUACAAGAAGGCCAUCAUUCGAAUCCAAUUUCCCGAUAGGAUCGUACUGCAGGGUACUUUCAAUCCCUCCGAUACCAUCAAAGACGUGAUGGAUUUCACCAGGCAAUAUUUGCACGACGAAUCCACGCAGUUUUACGUCUUUACCACACCACCGAAGUGUAUACUAAACGAAAGCAGUUUGUUAAUAGAAGAAGGUUUCGUACCGGGCGCCGUUAUCCAUUUCGGCACCGACGAUUUCGAUCAGAAGAAUUACCUCAGAACGGAUUUGCACAAUAAGAUCACCAGCAACUCCAUCGCCAGUUUAGCUGCUGCGCAAAUUAGGAAGCAGAAUACGAGAAAGUGCGGCGUGGAACAGGAGGAUAUCGAUUACAGCGAGGUGAAGAGAGUGAACGAAGGGGCCAGCACCAGCACAAGCGCCACUCCCGAAGAAGAGCCGCCGUGCAAGCAGCACCAAAGGAAACCCAUCGAGAACGCCCCCAAGUGGUUCAAACCGUUGUGAUUCAGUUUGUUAUCGUCUAUAAUAUAAGUAAACAUGAAUAAUCGGUUAAUUUCGUGUUUAUUGAACGGUUCGUUUAUCGAACGACGAGACUAGAAUCGCGGUUACAGAUAAAUUUUAUAUGGAAUUUGAACAACGGACAUGGUUUUUUUU